AAAACGUACUUCCUGAAUAUAGCUAGCUAAGUUUCGUUUCACUUUUCAUUCAGCUAGCCUUAUAAUCUUGAUAAUGAAGUAGCUACACGUAAAGAGAAGUGGUUUCAAGUUCUAUAAUUACGUAAAAUUUUGUGGCAAGAGAAAGGUAAGUUAAUUAUCAACAGAUUAGGAAACUCUAUGAAGAAGCCUGAUAGCCCUAUUACGUAACUGCGCGCUGAUCAGGUGAGAAACCCAUUUGCAGUUUUAUCAACUUGAAGCUCGAGCGCCUUUACCACCUUCACUCUGCUGUGUGACCCAUUCUAUGUAAAUUUCUCUCUCAAUUUUGGUAGUCUCUGGAUACUUAUGGGUCUAACUAUGACUUCUCCUGAGGUCUUCACAAGCAACUUAGUAGAGGCGGAGGAGCUAGCCCAGUUGUUGAGUGAGGCCAUCAGCUGUGGUGACAAAGAGGAAGCCAAAAGGUGUUCAGAGCAGCUUGCAGAGUUGUGUGUACCAGUAUCUGUCAUUAUCUCCCGCAAGGCUUACUCCCAAGACUCUAUUCGGUUGAAGGUGGGAGUCGGGGAUGCACAGUCAGAAAACUAUAUUCCGGUUACUUUGUUGGUAACACUUGACAUGACCAUUUCAGAUCUGAAAGAAAAGAUCAAUACUGACUAUGGAUUUCAUCCAUCUCUGCAAAGCUGGGUGAUCGGUAAGCGUCUGGCACGGGACUCUAAAACUCUGUACAGCCAUGGGGUAAGGAAGAAUGGAGACCAAGCCUACCUGUACAUCAAGUCUGCCCAGGCUGCCAACCUCAGCCGGGAGCAAGUGAACCAGGAGGAGGAGCACCGUCGGCUAGACAGUAUCAUUGAGUCAUUGAGUCCUCUACUGGCCAGAGGAGCAACUGGACCAACCCCACUUCCCAAAACUAAACAACCAGCACCUCCUCCUCUGCAACCAAAGCCUCCGGUGGGUUGGUCAUGCUCUGUGUGCACCUAUGCUAACAAGCCAACGAGGCCGGGCUGUGAGAUGUGUGGGUCUGAAAGACCAGAAGAUUAUAAAGUACCUGAGGUUUACCAGCCUGAUGAGCAGGAGAUCCAGAGACUCCGGCUAGAGGAGAUGGCCAAUCUACAGUACCAGCAGGCAUUGGAUGAAGAGCGGGAGAGGAAUUUCUUGAGUCUGGUGGAAACAGACGCCCACAGCCUCGUCCCCAACACAGAGGAGCUGGACUGUCCUAUUUGCCUCUGCUCCAUUCCGCCAGGGGAGGGAGCCACACUGCGGGAGUGCCUGCAUGUUUUCUGCAGGGAGUGUCUUAAAGGAACCAUAGUGAAUAGCAUGGAUCCAGAGGUGACCUGCCCUUAUGGGGAUGAAGACUACAGCUGUGAUAGAAAGCUGCAGGACAGGGAGAUCCAAUCUCUUCUUUCUCAGGAGGAGCACCAGAAGCUUCUAGAGCUGAGGCUCAGUAUUGCUGAGACGCGGAGUGAGAACAGCUACCACUGCAAAACCCCCGACUGCGCUGGCUGGUGCAUCUUUGAGGACGAAGUCAAUGAGUUUAUUUGUGAGCUCUGCAAAGAGACCAACUGCCUCCUCUGCAAGGCCAUCCACAAAGACAUGAACUGCAAGGAGUAUCAAGAUGAUCUCCGGAUCAGAGCUGAGAAUGACGUGGCUGCAAAACAGACCACACAGAUGCUGGAGUCCUUACUGCAGAACGGGGAGGCCAUGCAAUGUCCUAAGUGUAAGGUCAUAGUUCAGAAGAAGGACGGCUGUGAUUGGAUCUGCUGCCUGAUGUGUAAGACGGAGAUCUGCUGGGUCACUAAGCAGGCUCGCUGGGGACCAAACGGUUCUGGGGACAACUCAGGAGGCUGUGGAUGUCGAUUCGAUGGGGCGCGUUGUCACCCUAACUGCCAGAACUGCCACUGAGGGGCCCCACUCCAUCUCAACAUGGUGCUGGAUGGGCAGUCCAUAUCGGGACACACUCAGUGUCCUGUGAGGCAAGGAGACUAUUUUUCACUCCUCAGUAAUCCUAACCUGGACUAACCUGAAAAGAUCAUGCACGGAUGUCAAGGGGUGAUUUGGGUAAAAACUUUAGUUCUGCACAUGGAUCAAGUUAUUCAGUCCUUUGUGAAGACACUGGCUGGUCUUCCUUCCAAAGGCCUUUUAUAUUACUUUGAACACCAAUUAUCCCUGGGCGGUGUUUAAUUGAUGGUUCAAUUGACGUUGGUGUAUCACACAUUUUAUUACCUAGUUAGAGGAAUAAUAUAAACGUUUUGCUCUAUACAUGUAGGACAAUUGUUAAAUAUGUUAGAGGUGUAUAACCACCUAUAUCUGACAGGGGACACUCCAUUUAAACAAAACAGGGUUGUGAAAUAAAUUCAAGAUGCUCAUUGUUUUCUUUGAGAUGCACGCUUCUGUUUUGUUAAAUGGCAAGAGUCUUAGACACUGGAAGAAUAUUGUAUAUUGUCCUUCAUGUAGAAAAUAAAUGUUGGCUAAUUGUUUAACUCCUCAUCAGCAGUAAGGUUCUAGUCAUGACCUUAAAAGCAUUAACACUAGAGAUACUAAAACAGAUACAUAUUGUAACCUUGUAAUGGGGACAACUAUUUACUUUUCUUUGGACUGAAUGUGUACAACUGUAAUUAAGGGAUAUUUAACAUUCAUUGGUUCUGUUAGAUUUUGUAAGUUAUCAAAAGGCAGUAAUGAACAAUCCCAAUUCUUCUGUAGUUUGGUUUGACCACUCCUCCAGCCUUAUUGGAAGUGUUUUUUUGAACACUCCCAGCAGAAGCCAUCCAUACUUUUUCGUUAUUGAUGACUACAACGAAACCGAUCUGUUUCGGCGUAGCCAAUUGUUUUAACACUGCAUACAGUGCAGUAUAAUGCAAGUCUUAGCUAUGUUCAUUAGCUACUUUUUUGAAGGAUGAUACCAUUGCAGGGCACAAUUACUAUUUUGUUUGGCGAAUGUAAAGCAUUAUUUACUUUAGGGAAAAGAACAACUUUUCUUCAUGAAUGAUCCAGAAUAAAGGGGUUUUAUUGUGUU